ACAUCGAAAGGCCGAAAGCAGGGGUAAUAAUAUUCAGCGAAUCUAGUUUUCUUCUCUCUCGUCUCCCUUUUGCUUUCUUCGGGCACAACUGCUUCAUCUUCUUUGGACGUGCCUGUUCAUUCAAGCUAGUGUUUUUUUUUUCUGUCCACUUUCUCAACGACCACCCUCCUUCUGAUUUUUCAUAUUUUCAUACGCUCUUCGGUUUUGUUUGAUAGAUUUAGGUUAUAUAAGAUCUUUGUGAGAAGGCAUGGGGAGGUUGUUUGUGGUGAAUCUCGAGGGGAAGAUCUAUAGCUGCAAGCACUGCCGGACCCAUCUUGCACUUUUUGAAGACAUCGUUUCCAAGUCUUUCCAAUGCAAGCAUGGGAAAGCUUACCUCUUCAAGAAGGUAGUGAAUGUGUCUGUUGGUGAAAAAGAGGAGAGAAUGAUGAUGACUGGGUUGCACAUUGUUGCAGACAUAUUUUGUGUUGGAUGUGGAUCGAUAGUAGGGUGGAAAUAUGAGACUGCCCACGAAAAGAGCCAGAAGUACAAGGAAGGAAAAUCUGUGCUUGAGCGGUACAAGGUAUCAGGUCCUGAUGGAAGCAAUUACUGGGUAAGCCAUGGAGCACAUAUUGGUGGCAGUGAUUCAGAUGAUGCUUGACAACUCCAUUUUCAAUUGUACAUUCUUUAAAUCCCCAGUGUUCUUAUUUGAUAUUUCAACUCAUGUGAAAUGCGAACUUGUAAUUCCUAAUUUCGGAUGCUGGCCCAACUGUCAGUAAUGGAAGUAUUUCCUUUUAAAAAAAAUUAAUGAAAAGUAUUUGUUGUUGAUUCCAAUAA